UAUUUGUUUUGUAGGGCUCCAACACACAUUCAUUUUCUGGUGGUGCACAGCCGUGUCCUGAAGAUUAUAAAUAUGUUAAUUGGUUGGAUUUACUUCCUGGCAUGGUCCAUCUCUUUCUACCCCCAGGUUCUUGAAAACUGGAGACGUAAAAGUGUAAUUGGAUUGAAUUUUGAUUUUCUGGCAUUGAAUCUAACUGGCCAUUUGGCAUAUGGAGUGUUUAACAUUGGCCUCUUCUGGAUUCCCUGUGUGAAGAAACUAUUUCUUCAGUGCCAUCCAGAUGGAGUGAACCCUGUGGAAUCAAAUGAUGUGUUUUUUAGUCUCCAUGCAAUCUUGUUCACUUUCAUCACCAUCUAUCAAUGUUUCAUUUAUGAGCGGGGGUCACAGAGAGUGUCUAAGAUUGCAACUGGAUUUCUCGUAGCUGCAUGGCUGCCUGCUAUAAUCUUCAUCAUCCUGGCUUCAAGUGGUCAAAUAACAUGGCUCCAACUUGUCUACUAUUUCUCCUACAUCAAACUAGGCAUUGUCCUCAUUAAAUACAUUCCUCAGGCUUGUAUGAACUAUCGAAGGAAAAGUACAGUUGGCUGGUGCAUUUGGAACACAAUCCUGGACUUUGUUGGGGGUAUUUUCAGCCUUCUACAGAUGUCCUUGCAGUCCUACAACAAUGAUGAGUGGAUGCUGAUCUUUGGAGAUCCGACCAAGUUUGGCCUUGGACUGGUAUCCAUCUUGUUUGAUUUCAUCUUCAUGGUGCAGCAUUAUUGUCUGUACAACAAAGCCAAAGGCUACUUGUCUCUGAAUGAUGGAGAAUCUUCUGUGAGCUAACACCAGAAACCUCUUUAAUAUGGUUCAAUUACUUGGUUUGUACAAUUCACAUUGGGCCAUAAUGAUUUGCAAUAGAACUGCACAAGUUAUGAUGCAGGAGUUUUAAAAGGCUAUUUAACAAAUCUGAGCAUCUCUACCUUUGACCCUCAUCCAGCCCUAUAUCAGAAAAAACAGCUGCUAGAGAACCUUUAUGUAACUUUGAUCCUGGAAUGUAUCUAUAAACUAAAUCCAUUUAAAGCCAUUGUUUCCAGUGGUGUGGGUUAUAAUGGAGUAACUACUUUGUUUGGAAAGGUGCACCUUGGUGCACAAAAGAUGAACCUUUUAUACUUGGUGUUUCAGAUUGCCCAAUUUUUGAACCAGUUCAGUUAUUCUAAAAUUAACCACAAGACUGAAAUACAAUUCACCAAUUAAACACUUUCCUAUUUGCACUUGCUCCCAUUGGCAGAAUGACCCAGUUUGGUUCCCCCUUUGUGGUGACUUUGCACUGCCCUGUCCCCACUUGUGACUGCCUGGAUAUUGAGCAUACAACUGGCACCUCGCAGUUUGCAAUGGCUAAUGGAUCUUUAACUGUCAAAUUGUCCUGUUUGGUCUUCAUGUGGAUUCAAAUCCAGUCUUUGUGCCAGGACGCAACAUGUGUUGAACUCUUGUUCUGUGUAAAUAAUUGGCUUAAAGCUGUGUUUUAUAACUAAAUUAAAAACUUGUUUAAGUACUUCAGCUUGUGCAUUCCUAAUCUGUAAUUAAUUGUA